AUGGAAGCCCACUCUACCAACCGUGGAUUAACGCCUGUUUUAUCUGGAGCCAGUUCCGCGCAGCAACCCGACAUGUGGAGACCGUGGAGUGGGAAUCGGGGCGAAGCUGCGCCGUGCACGACUCACUCCGGGCAUGGAGACCCCUCCACUGCAAACGUCCCCAAACCUCCUCAGGUCGUCCAUCCAGUGAAGUUGUACUGGCCGAAAUCGAGAUGUUUCGAUUAUCUGUACCAGGACGCACAGAUGCUGCUUCGCAACUAUCCGGUCCAAGCGACCAUCUGCCCGUAUCAAGACUCCAGCAGCGAUGAAGAGAGCGACGAUGACGACGAGGAAGUGGAGAAGGAGCUGAACUAA